AGAAGAUGCCGGCUCUGCCAGCACUGCUGCUGUCAAUACACAUCCUCUCCUUCCUGCUAGUCACCAUGCCGCCCAGCUCCCUCAGUCAGGCCCCCCUGCUCUCCUCGGUCCGAAUGGCUGCUAUCCUGGAUGACCAGUCUGUGUGUGGCCGCGGGGAGCGGCUGGCGCUGGCCCUAGCGAGGGAGAACAUCAACAGCGCUAUGGAGGGCGGGUCCCGUGCCCGAGUGGAGGUGGACAUAUAUGAGCUGCAGAAAGACUCCCAGUACGACACUACUGACACCAUGUGUCAGAUUCUACCCAAAGGCGUCGUGUCUGUGAUAGGUCCCGCUUCCAGCCCCGCCUCUGGCUCCACUGUCAGUCACAUAUGUGGAGAGAAGGAGAUCCCUCACGUGAAGAUUGGACCCGAGGAAACGCCGCGCUUGCCGUACCUGCGCUUCGCCUCCGUCACCCUGUACCCUAGCAACGAGGACCUGAGCCUGGCCAUCGGAGCCAUCUUGCGCUCGUUCAGUUACCCCUCAGCCAGCCUGGUCUGUGCCAAGGCUGAGUGCCUGCUGAGAUUGGAGGAGCUGGUCCGCCGCUUCCUCAUCUCCCGGGAGACGCUGUCAGUCAGAAUGCUGGACGACAACCUGGACCCGACGCCGCUGCUGAAGGAGAUCCGUGAUGACAAAGUGGCCACCAUCAUCAUCGACGCCAAUGCCUCCGUCUCUUAUCUCAUCCUCAAGAAGGCAUCCGAGCUGGGGAUGACGUCAGCAUUUUACAAGUACAUCCUCACCACCAUGGACUUCCCCCUCCUAAGACUGGAUGACAUAGUGGAUGAGCACUCCAAUAUUGUGGGCUUCUCCAUGUUCAACACCACACACCCCUUCUAUUUGGAGUUCAUCCGGAGCCUCAACCUCUCGUGGAGGGAGGGCUGCGACCUCACGUAUCCCGGCCCCGCGCUCUCGUCAGCGCUGAUGUUUGACGCGGUGCAUGUGGUGGUGGGGGCGGUGAGGGAAUUGAACCGCAGUCAGGAAAUCGGUGUGAAGCCACUCAGCUGCAGCUCACCUCAAAUCUGGCAACACGGGACCAGUCUGAUGAACUACCUGCGCAUGGUGGAGUACGAUGGUCUGACGGGUCGUGUGGAGUUCAACAGCAAAGGUCAGAGGACCAACUACACCCUGAGGAUCCUGGAGAAACACAGAGGAGGCCACAAAGAGAUUGGGAUCUGGUACUCCAACAACACCCUGGCGAUGAAUUCCACCAGUCUGGAUAUCAAUGUCUCGGAGACGCUGGCAAACAAGACCCUCGUUGUCACCACCAUACUGGAAAACCCAUACGUGAUGCGUAAGGACAACUACCAGGUGUACCAGGGCAACGACCAGUACGAGGGCUUCUGCGUGGACAUGCUGAGGGAGCUGGCGAACAUCUUGAAAUUCUCCUUCAAGAUCAAGCUGGUGGAUGAUGGGCUGUACGGGGCUCCAGAGCCCAACGGCUCUUGGACUGGCAUGGUUGGAGAGCUAAUCAACAGGAAAGCGGACCUGGCCGUGGCGGGCUUCACCAUCACGUCAGAGAGAGAGAAAGUUAUCGACUUCUCUAAGCCGUUCAUGACCCUGGGGAUCAGCAUCUUGUACAGGGUUCAGCUGGGUCGGAAGCCUGGUUACUUCUCCUUCCUCGAUCCCUUCUCUCCCGCUGUCUGGCUCUUUAUGCUGCUCGCCUACCUGGCUGUCAGCUGCGUGCUCUUCCUGGCUGCAAGGCUGAGUCCCUACGAGUGGUACAACCCUCACCCGUGUCUGCGAGAGCGCAGGGACAUGCUAGAGAACCAGUACACACUGGGAAACAGCCUGUGGUUCCCUGUUGGAGGCUUCAUGCAGCAGGGAUCAGAGAUAAUGCCCAGAGCCCUGUCGACCAGAUGUGUUAGUGGGGUUUGGUGGGCGUUCACCCUGAUCAUCAUCUCCUCCUACACGGCCAACCUGGCGGCAUUCCUCACGGUCCAGAGGAUGGAGGUUCCCAUCGAGUCCCCCGACGACUUGGCCGACCAGACCAACAUCGGGUACGGCACCAUCCACGGAGGGAGCACCAUGACCUUCUUCAUGAACUCACGUUACCAGACCUACCAGCGCAUGUGGAACUACAUGAACUCCAAGCAGCCCAGCGUAUUCGUGAAAAGCACCGAGGAGGGCAUUGCCCGUGUGCUCAACUCAAAGUAUGCCUUCCUGUUGGAGAGCACCAUGAAUGAAUACCACCGCGGCCUCAACUGUAAUCUCACAAAGAUCGGCGGCCUGCUGGACACCAAGGGCUACGGCAUCGGCAUGCCACUGGGGUCUCCGUUCAGAGAUGAGAUCACGCUGGCCAUCCUCCAGCUGCAGGAGAACAACAGGCUGGAGAUACUGAAGAGGAGGUGGUGGGAGGGGGGCCAAUGUCCCAAAGAGGAGGACCACCGUGCCAAGGGUCUGGGGAUGGAGAACAUUGGGGGCAUCUUUGUGGUGCUGAUCUGUGGCCUCAUCAUUGCCGUGUUUGUGGCCAUUAUGGAGUUUGUGUGGUCGACGCGCCGCUCGACAGAGACCGAUGAGGUAUGCCCCCAUACCUGCCCUCGCCGACACCACAGACACACCCCAGUGUCUGUCUGUCAGGAGAUGAUCACAGAGUUCCGAAACGCCGUCUCCUGUAAGAAGAGCUCCCGUAUGCGGCGCCGUCGGCCCCUCAGCAGCUCCGCGGCCCUGCGCCACCCGGCACGCAUCGCUCUGGGGGCCCCUCGGCCCCUGCGCCUCGUGCGGGAGAUGCGCCUCAGCAACGGGAAGCUCUACAGUGGAGCAGGCCCCCUGACAGGUGGUGCUGGAGGUGGAGGAGGUGGAGCAGGAGGGACAGGGCUUUCAGAUCUUGGUCCUGGACCGCAACGGCUCCUAGAUGAUCCCCUGGGUGCCAACACUACCCCUCCUCCACCGGCCCCCGCCCCUGUGAUGCUGCCUGCCCGCAGCUGCACCCACGUGAGGAUCUGCCAGGAGUGCCGGAGGAUCCAGAGCCUGAGGUCAGGCAGCAGUUUAGGAUCGACGUCGACAAGAAUACCACCUUUAUCGGCACCCCUGCCCAGGUUACCCCCUCCCCCGCCUCCAUCCUCAUCCAACACAGACAGUGAGGGCGGAGGGGGGCCCAGCCCGAGGCGGCUACAUCACAGCCCCACACCUCAUACUGCCCGACCCCUUCCACCUCCACAGAGCAGCAACACCACAGACCUACUGGUGAACCAGGACUGAGACCAGAGGUGUGUGGGCGGGGGCGGAGGGCUGCAGGUAGCCAAUGACAUGACUGAGGAACAUUUGGGCUGCUCAGAAAAACAUUGCUCGGCUCCGCAGGUGAAACUCAUCGGAGAACAAAAGAGGGAAAAACGGAACUCUGCAAGGUCAUCCAUUAGAGAGCGAGGCAACCGGAUAGACAAGGAAGACUGUAACCUGUUCUCCAGGUGAGCUUGCGGCCCACAGAUACAGAACUGGCUCCAAAGAGAUAGUGGUUGGUUAAAGCUUCUGUGAGAGAAAUCUGAGCCCAGAGGUCACAGACGACGGCUGUCAUUGGCUUCCUUUCUCUCUCUCCGCGCUCCCUUGUCACUUAACCUUUAGAUGUGAGGCCGUUGGUUUUCUUCCACAGACACUUGCCUGGAAGUUGACCGCCCCUCUAGUAAAAUGAAGCCUUGUUGGAGGACAUACCGUAUCCGUAUGUGAUUUAAAAACAGCAACUAAAAAGACUUUCAGAGAAUUAUUUCCUGUUUUUGUUUUGGUUGUGUUUAUUGUUUUGUUACCAUUGUUCUAAGUGGCAAUUAAAUACAGACUGUGCGUGACAAUAUGGUGGAUUAUUACAUAAGAAACUUGACUAUGGUUAAUUGUGUUCAUGAUGUUUUGUGUCCCUCCCUGUGCCCCAUAGCUGCUUUUUUUGGCUGGUGUCAGGGAUUGUGGAUAAAACAACUUCAAAACCGCUUCAUACAAACACUAGCAGAGGAAACUGUUGGCCUGCCUUUCUUUACACUGUGCGUGUGUGUGUGUCUGUACAAAAUUGUGCUUCCUGUUAAAUCUGUCUGUAACUGCUCACACUGAGGAGAACCAUGUACCCAGCACCCUUCUACUAAUGUUAGCUAAUCAGAUGGCCAGAGACCGGGGGAGAUGGAGGGAGAAAAAAGAGAUAGAAAGAGAGAGAGAGAGAGAGAGCAAGGGCUUUGAAAUGUGAAAUUAAUGUCCCUCGUUAUCCUGGGUAACGCUUGCCAAGACUCCUUUUUUUUUCACCUCUGUUCACACGGCAAAGAAGAGAUAGAGAGACCGAUUGAGCCGGAGCCAGGGAGGACAAGAUAGAGAAGAACAGAGAGAGAGAGAGAGGAGAUAGAGGAGAUAGAGAGAGGCAGAGAGGGAAGGUACACAGCUGAAUUUGAAUGAGAAAUCCCAAACUGAACUACUUCAAUUAUUAGAUCUGUCCUGAUCUGUUAAUUCUGGGCAUCUUUUAAGGGGCUUGUUAAUGCGCCAGCAGACUGUAGCCGCAGCUUCUUCCCUUCCCUCUGCUUAACAGACAGACUUGGCCGUCCACAGCACAGACUCCUGCCAGAGUGAUAGACUCAACACAGCCCCGUCAAUACUGUCUCAAGCUUUUGAAUGCCUAAUUACUCCCCUCGGUGGCUAGGGACCGAUUCAGGAGAGGGUUGAGCACAGGAAAACAGGCUGAUAAAUAGAUUUGGAGGAAAUACAUGUUUUUCACUGCGGCUGGUUGGAGAAUGCGGUCUCUCUUAAUUGUGUUGUUAAUGCCACAGCCCCAUACUGUCCGACACGAACAACCUGAACAGUACACGUGCUGCGGCACUUAAAGGAACACACUGGAGGAUUUGCAUGUUUCAGCCCUUUAACUUUGAGUGUGUGUCCACUUAACAUAACCGCCAACGAUUAUUCAAACCCUUCCCUGGAUUUAGAUUCCUAAUCUUGCAAGUAGCCACUGUUUUCAUCGCAAAUUAUGUUAAUGUUUAAUAGCCGAUCCAUCACAAUGAAUGUUAAAUAAUAUGUGUGGCUAUAAUUCUUUUAUAAAUUAUAAUUUUUUUCAUUUUCAAGGAAUCUCAUGAAAAGACCAAAACAAACAUAGAGCUCCAUUGUUGUCAUCAAACAGCCAAACCAUUCACUACCACGAACAUGAACACCUCAGUUAAAUAGCAUUUUCUACUAUUUUUAAUGGGGCAUUCUGUCUUUAUUAAUAUGACAUUAGGUGUGAAUUGAGAGCGGAGAAGACGCACAGCAAAGGCCCGGGUCGGAGUCGUACCUGCGGCCGCUAGAGGAGCUCUCAAGCCUCCAUAUUCCGCCUGUACUUUACUUCUAAUACUCAAAAGCAUAUAAAUCCACAGCUGAACCUCAUCCCCCUCAAGCACUAUUCUGCUUGACUAACAUUUGCUUAAAGCCUCAGUGCCCUGCUCCUCUAGGAAUUUACUGUGCCUUUUUUAUUUAUAAUUUUUUUGCAAUGAAACUCCUUAUGUCGUAUUUGUUGCGUGUUCGCUGGAAACAAACGGCUGUGGAAGUAUUGAGAGUCGGACAAAUGCAUUGUUAGUUUUGGUCUUUUACGUAAGAUUGGUCGACAUUACCAAAAUUAGAAGGGCACUCCGAAAAAACGCACACACAGUCCCCUCAUGAAACCCCGUUUAAAUUCACUUGAUUUUUAUCUGGAUCUGCACAAAAUUACACACACUCAGUCCCCACACUUUGCUUUGUACAGUUUUUAUAGGACAACAUGAGAUUAUUUAAUUUGACAGUCAAACAGAAAACACUGAAUUUGGAGAGGCUGCAUCACCACCUCCCUCAUCAGCUGUUUGUGGGCGGAUCGAUCAUCAUAAUUAGCUGAAAUGAAUGAAGAGCUUCUCUCCACUGACGUUUAGGAGCUGAUUUAUAAAAGAAGGACAGGCAGUCGACUUAUUUACACUGAAUGUGUGGCACAUCAGGAAGUAUUGGUUGCUGUAUGAUUUCUGUUUUGUUUAGGUUAAGAUUAAGAUGCAUUUAUUUAUCCCAACCACAUGCACAGACAUGCAAAGGCACACUCAUGCAGGUAGGGAAAUUUAACUUCUGCUUUUAACCCAUCUGGUGCAGAACACACAGAGCAGUGAGCAGCCAUGUACGGCGCCCGGGGAGCAGAUGUAUGGGGGGUAAGGUGCCCUGCUCAGGGGCACUAGACAGGGUAGGGAGAAUCCUCUUGGAUUUUUGGACAGAUCAAUCCAGGUUCGUCUUUUGUUGUCUCUCCGUGGAGUCGAACCAGAGACCUUUUCUGCCCAUAGUCCAAGUUUCUGCCACUUGAUCACCGCCAGAGUGGCGAGGAUUUGUCUGUGGUGUCCCACCUUUCUGAAAGAAUCCCUGCAGAAGCAACUUAAACUCGGUCAGUCUGUACUUUUGUAUUCCUUAAUACAUGAUUACUUCAGACAUCACAUCCAAGUCAGAAGUAAACGACACUGCGCUCCAUUAACGUCAGUGUUUGUUGAAUCUGUUCUACCAAUCAGUUCCCAAAAUGUUCCCUGUUGAGUGAUUCCCUGUGCUGAACCAUGGGGUACUCACUGUUAAUAGAUACAGUUUGAUACAGCAGUUAUGAAAAGCCUCUCUGGCUGGUGUGUUCAAGGAAACGCGGAUAUUCAAGAUUUGAGUGUUGGCUGAUGCAACAUUUCCAAAGCAUGUAAUUGCCAAAUUCCCAUUAUGCUGUGCGUAUUUGCCAAUUCUUUAAUAGUUUGAUUUCCUGACAGAAGAGAUCAUGAAUGUAAUUUUUCAGCCGCUGAUUACCACUUCUCAGAAGUCAAUGUUUUCCUGUUCCCUGAAUGCAUCAAUGUUUUUUCUCCCCUAAUUUAAAAUGACAGUUUCCCCGUCUGGGCCAAGAUCCUCGUGUCUCAUUAACCCGCGGCUUCCACAAGUCUUGUGUCUGUGGAGAGCUACCAGCUGCCUCUUCCACCUGUAGCUGAGGUUUUAUAUGCUUUCAUCAUUGAUAGCAUCACACUGUUGUGGUACAUGAUCCCUCACUUGCUUCCCUCCCAUGUAUAUUCAGCAGUAUGUGUCUGAGGUAACGUGCAAAACCAUCAAUGCAUCCCUUUAUGAAUCCCUUUAUAAAUGCAGACAUUGUUGUCGGGGCUAAAAUUGCCGAGCUGUAUAAAAUGAUCAUUUCGUUCGGUGCAACAGAUUUCUCCACGCUGUUGUGUUGCCGAUAAUGGCCGAUAACAUUGUUUGCUUUGCACACGUUCUGCUGUUGCUCUGAAUGAUGGCUGUCAGCAGAAGAGUCUCUGUCUCUGUUUACCUCUGCCUGUGUCUGGAAUGCUGACAACACCACAUGAGAUGAACUGUCUCCACAAGACGUCAAAGUGUACACACACACACACACACACACGCACACGCUCACAAACACAAUCACGCUCAUCAACCACAUCAUGAUUUCUUGUUAUCGAAAGGAUAUUGUUUUCAAAUUUGUCUUCGCAAUCUCUUUCCCUCGUCAUCUUUGUCUUGCUCUGUAAACAAUUGUCCCUAAAAAACAGCACCAUAUAGCUUAUAUGUGGCCAUCUACAGCUUUAAAACAUGUUUUGCUGCAAUGCAUUAUUGUGAAGAGGCAAGAGGACGGUGCGAACCAUAACCCCAGUACGAGUAGCGAAGGGCAGGGAGGGUCACAAAACAAAUCCGAAGGGGUGUCUGAACGGUCACUCAGCAAAACAAACCUUUUUCGUUUACCUUUACGUUCUUUUCUUUGAUAUUUUUUCAUAUUUCUAUACUAGUGCUAAAUGGAUUAUUAAAACUGACGAUGAAUAUUAUGAUUAAAUUGUUGUUAUUAUUCCUACUGAGGAGCAGGAGGGUCUAUCGUGUGCUUGUGGGUGCAGGUUGGUGAUUGGGAGGCAUCGGGCUGAAGGUGCAAUGAUGUUCUGCAGAGCGAUCGCCCAGUUGUUCAAACCUAUAGACACACAAACUUCUUUUGGAAUAAAAUGAUACAAACAGUC